UUGCAUUUAGCAAGGAUACGCACUAUGCUUAAGUCCUCUCGUCUUUAAUUUGAGUCAACGUUGAGACACUACAGAGACACGCCCAGAAUGGGCGCAAUGACUGCUUCAACCCUGUGGCUGCUACUAGUUCUCAUCGUAGCAUCCAGUCAGGCAGCGAGAGAAAAUCCGUUGAAAGAUCCGCGCAUCUGUGGUCGACCACAAUGUGAAAAGUCAAAUUCGAAAUUCGGCUAUGGCGAAAUGCUAUAUAAAUAUGAUUAUUCGGUACAAUUGCGCACGGAAUUUGCCGGCUCUGGUGAUAACAGCUCCGAUUUGUAUUUAAAAUCCAAUUUGGAAAUAUUCUUUCCCAAGCCCUGCGAAGGCUACUUACGCAUCAAUGAUGUCAAACUUUAUGACACUAUACAGGAUGCGAACUCAGAUACCAGCACAUCGGCUGAGAAGCCGAAAGAUAGUUACGACUAUUACGACAAUUUGAAUAGCGCAGAAACAACUUCCUCCAGCGAGCAGGCGGCGCAGGACUUUGAAUUUCUCCACCCAAAGAGCAUGGAAAUGGCCGCGGACUUAACCAAGAAUCUGCUGCGCUUUGCCUUCCACGAUGGCUUGAUCAGCGAAGUGUGCCCCAGCGAGCAGGAACUGCCAUGGGUGCUGAAUUUCAAAAAGGGCAUACUGUCCAGUUUUCAGAAUACUAUGAUGCGCUUCGAUGUGGACUUCAACACAACAGAGUCGGAUGUAUCUGGCGAGUGUCAAGUGCAAUAUGAGCUGGAUACAGUCAACAGCGUGUUCUUGACCAUACGCAAGACUAAAGAUAUUGCUAGCUGUCGUCGGCGCUAUGCUACACAGUCGGUACUGCAGACUACGCCAUAUACUUUCCGUGAUGACAAGACCAUUUGGCCCAUUCUCAACUCAGAAAGUUAUUGCAAUAUGACUAUUGAUAACAAUGUUUACCGUGAAAUCAAAUGCUUUGAGAGUCAUUUGUUAGUGCCUUUCUCCAAUGGCAGCACGGGCGCCUUGACCACCAGUGCGAGCAGCCUAAAGCUGCUUGGCGAAGACUCCUACAGCUUAAGCGAAUUUCUAGAGCAGAACCCAGAGCUUGUUGAGCGUCGUUCUCCGCUAAUCUUUGACCAUACGCCGCCGGUGAAGCCAAGUCAUAACGAAAUCAAAGCUGCACGUGAACUGCUCGUAGAGAUGUGUGCUGUGGGCUUUCCCAACAUACAGCGUGAGUUUAUUGAUGUCUUCACCAGUUUUCUGCAGACAACCAAGAGUCUGGACUACAAGACGUUGACAGUGCUGCUGCAGCGCUCAGCUAGUAUUUGCGCUCAGGGCAAAAAUCACAUGUUGGAAUCGCUGCCUUAUAUAGGCAGCAGCGCUUCCUUUAAGGUAAUGCGCGAUCAGCUGGUGAAUGAAAAAUUAAGCAAAGAGAUGGCACACAACUGGAUGACCUCAUUGUCUUUUAUACCACGUCCCGAUGCAGAGACGUUGGACACUUUUUACAGCAUACUCGACUAUGCGCGCAAUAAACUUGAUGCGGAGUACACGCUGGGCUCAACGGCCGUUGUGCAUAGCUACUGCAAGCAUCAUGAAAAUUGUGAAGAGGACUUGCGUGUACUACAGAUUGUUACGCUACUCGAGUCCGAUUUCCAGGCGCAGUUUAAAAAGCUGCGUGGCGAGCGCAGGCAGCGCGAACGCUUGAUUGUGCUACUCAAGGGCUUGGGCAAUAUUGGCGUUUUAACCAAUGACUUUGCCCAGCAUCUGGAGCUGAUUAUUAAAAACGUUGCAGUGCCAGUGGACAUACGUCUGCAGUCCAUACUCGCCUUUAGGCGUGUGGACUGUCUCAAGUAUCGCAGCUUUUUCUUGGAACAGUAUGCAGACUAUACGCUCAACUCGGAGCUGCGCAUUUACAGUUAUUUGCAGACCAUGCGUUGCCCAGAUUAUAUAUCCAUAGGCGACAUCAAGACUGUGCUGGAGCAUGAGCAGGUGAACCAGGUUGGCUCGUUUGUCUGGUCACACUUAACUAACUUGGCCAAAUCGAAUUCACCCGUGCGCAUUGAGGCGCAAGGCUUGCUGCUCAAUGCUGAUCUCUCCGAGAAGUUUAAGUUGGACAUACGCAAGUUCUCACGCAACUAUGAGCACAGCUUGUUCUUUGAUGAGUACAAUUUUGGCACCACAACUGAUGCGAAUCUUAUUUUUGGCACCGACUCCUAUUUGCCUCGCAUUGCUAGCGUUAACUUUACUGCCGAUCUCUUUGGUCAGUCCGUCAACUUUUUCGAGUUUAGUGCACGUGCUGAAGGGUUUGAGGAACUGGUGGCGACUGCGUUUGGACCCAAAGGGCCAUUAAAUAGCGAAUUGCUGCGCGAAAAGUUUGCUUUUCUCAAUCGCUGGCUGGGCACUGAAAGCGCCGAGGAGGAGGACACGCUAGAAAAUCUGCUUAGCCUGGAUAGCUUGCGUCCCAAGCGUAAGACUGCAGCAACAGCAGCUGCAGCAGAUGAAGACUACGAGUUCGAGGAGGAUCUACAUGAGACAACGCGCCAAAAACGCGACGCAACCAGCGCACGCAAGCAGAGCAUUGAACGCAACGUGGAUCAGCUGGGCUAUAAGCUCAAGUAUGACUACAAUAGUCCGAGAGCGCAGUUUGGUUUGCGUGUCUUUGGCAAUGAUUUGCGUUAUCACAGCAUUGAGUCGAUGGCUGAGGUAACAAUGCUUGCGGCGCAGUUCAGUCCAAUGCAGCAGGCCAAGAAGCUGCUGUCCGGCAAACCCUUUACGUACACCAAGUCGAGCGUCUUCCUGGAUGCCUCCUACAAUGUUCCGUUGUCUGUGGGUCUGCCGCUGGCUGUGCAUGCCUUUGGCGCCUCCUCUGUGGAUCUGAGCAUCUCUGGCAAUAUGGAUAAGCUACCCGUGGACUGGCAUUUCGAUAUGCAGGGACGCUUCAAGCCUUCAGUCUCUGUCGAUAUUAUAACCACCAUGCAAACAGAUAUGUACUGGGGCCAGUCCGGCAUUAAGGUCAAGAGCAAUUUGUAUUCCAACUCGGAGGUGGAGGCUACGCUCAAGAUGCGUGGACGCAAUCUUAUCUCCUUUGCGUUUAAUCUGCCGCAGGAUAAGAAUGAAAUCUUUAGUGCACGCUCUGAGCUGUUUGUGGUUAAGCGUGAGGAGGAGCUGCCCCAAGCGGGCAUCGAAAAUCGCAGAUCCAACUCCAGUUGCACCUGGCCAGUACUGGAUAGCGCCAUUGGACUGCAGAUGUGCUCGCAUUACAGUGUGCCUGAUCUAAGCAAUGCCACUGCUGUUUAUCCCAGCCUAUUGCUCUCCGGUCCUCUCAACUUUAGCGUUAUACUCAAAAAGUCAGAUCUGUCAGCAAAGAAAUAUGUAUUUGAGUACAACUGGGAUCAGAGCGAGCUGAGCAACAACUUCUCGCUCGUGUUUACGACACCUGGCUCGAAGGUGUCGCGCCUUCUGGUAGGCAAUCUAACCAGCUUGGAAAAUGCCUUCAAUGCUUCUGUAGCUUUUGUAAAUGGACCCAGUCGAUCCUCCGCUGGCUGCAGCUACGAUGGCAAUCCAGACUAUAAAAAGCUUGACGUCUACUUGGAUAACAAUGGCAAUCGCUCUUUGGAUCUAGCCAUGGAGCUGCGACGCUUCCAGGACUUUACCGCUUGGAUUUAUAAGCCGCGCAUGCUGCUGACCAUAAAUGGCGUAAACGUAACUGGCCUUGUUGGUUCUAUUAAGAUCAAUGAGAAGAACGGCAUCAAGCAGCAUGACAUAGAGCUGUCCUUUGAAACCAAAAAGUUACAGGCGCUCAUCAGCGGCAAUAUAGUAGAAAGCGAGGUCAACACAUCCACCAAUAUGACCAUUAAUUAUAGGUUCCAGGCAAGCAAAAUAGAAACCAUUAACUUGGCCGGGCGUCUGUUUAACAAUGGCGAUAAAUCGAAGACUGACUAUCGCGGCAAUGUAAUGCUGCGUACCUCCGCCUAUCCCAAGCUUAAUUUUGCUUCAAAUGCCACAUGGUUGAGUUUGGCAGGACACACUGAGGGCGUCAUCACUUACAACAAUGCGCCCAACUAUAUAAAUCCCAAUUACACCAGCAUGGUUAGAAUGAUCUUUGCGCGCUCCAAUUCCGAAGAUGCCAUACUAGAAGGCUCACGUACGCGUGCUAGCUUGGAACUGAAGCUGCCCAGAUCGAAAAUUGAUUAUCGCAUUUUGGUCAAACAUGAGGAGCGCAGCAAAAAUGGCACUGAGCAUAAUGUCAUUGUGGGUCUGAAGUAUGCGCCGGAGAAGGAAAUUACGGGACUGUUUUCAGUGCAUUUGCCGCGACGCAGUCUCUUUGCCAUUGAUGCUUAUAUGAAUGUCAGUGUGCCUGAUUUUAAUUCAUGCACAGCUAGCUUGAAGAUUAAUGAAAAGGCUGUUAAGGAUUAUAUGGUAUUUAUAAAUGGAUCUUGGUUUACCGGCCACUCCAUAACUGUUAAAGGCAACUACAAAGAUCGCAGCUCACGUGUGCAGGCAUUGCAUCAUCUAAAGCUAAUUGUGGAGAGUCCCUCCUUUGAGGCCACUUCACUGAAUAUUGUGUACAGACGCAAUCAGCUGUUGAUCUUCUACGAUAUUCAAGCCAAAUAUGGCAAAGAUCCAUACGGAUUGACUAUGCAAUAUGCAUCCAAUGCGCAUAGUCGCAACUCGAAUGCUGAGCUGCGCUUAAAGCUUAAGGAGAAGGACUAUUGGAUUAGCUCCAAACUACUCGCAGAGCAGCCCAAGUUGCUGCAGCUGGAAAUACACAUAGACAAAAUACGUGAUGUGCACAUCAAGGUGGGCUUGCUGAAUAUUGACAGGCGUAAGGAGCUAUCGCUGGAAUUCAAGUGGGAUGCAAAUCGAGAUCCUUCGCAGCGCUUGGGACUGCUUGCUGAGUUUAAUAAUCCUGGAAACAAGCAUUAUGAUGGCAACUUGAUGGUCACCUAUCCGGAACGCACCAUUAACUUUGGCUUCAGUGCCUACACUGGCGGACCCAAAUACCAUGGCAAGGCACAUGUCUCCUGGAGCAUUAAUGAUCUCGUAGAGUUUAUCUACGAGGCGGGCAUAAUGCCUGGCAAUAUGUUGCACAAUUGGCUGCAUGCUGAGCUUACAACACCUUUCAAGGGCUGGCAGAGCAAUAAGCUCAAAGCUGGUAUCUACAAUCAACAAAAUUUGAUAUUACUGAACUCAUCGCUCUACUGGGCAGACGAUCAGCUGUUGGAGAUAGGCUACAAGAGCGACUACGACAUACGCGAUCAGCUCGUAAGCUUCGAUGUGCGUUUGGGCAUCAACAGCACCAUUAAGGACAUACCCACCAUCAAUAUUAAAGUGCAGCACUGGCAGGACCCCAAGAAAGUGGACUCGGAUCUUUAUUUACGCUACAGCGGACAGAAUGAUACGUUCAACAUCUAUAAUAUCAAAUCGAAUUGGCAAAUGCUGCAUAAUCCGCAGUAUAAGAAUGUUUCGGGUACAGUGCUGCUGGUCAGUCCUUUCGAGGGCUAUCGCAAGGGUGGACUGGCGGCUAACUUUAUGUUUAUGCUGAACGAUCAGCGCCGCGUGCAGGGCGCUGCUUCGCUUAACUUCGAUGUGCGUGAGUUUACGCUGGUCAUGGAUGGCUAUGCGCGGAAGUUUACAGACAAUAUGCUGACUAUUAAUAUAACAACGCCGUUGGAGAAGUUCCGCAGCAUCAAGGCACGUGUGGGUUUGAACGAAAAGAAGCGUCAUGCAGUAGCUGAAGUGCGUGCUCCCACAGCUGCUUUAGGCGUGGAAGUAUUGGCUAAUAUUAAAAAGCUGCUAGACUUUGAUGUCAAGCUGAGCGUAGCCACGCCCAUUGAGGCGUUCCAGCAAGCCGCCUUACAUGCCAAGGUGAAUGCCGAGCACGUGGACUUGCGUGGCAUUUGGAACAAUGCUACUCUUGGCUUUACGGGCGUCUGGCAUAUGCGCAACAUAACCGACUUUGAGUAUUCCUACAUGGUGUUCACACCACUCGCAGGCUUUGAGGAGAACGGCUUUGUCGCACAGCUGCUCUCACGGGAUAGAUUCAUAUUCCAGCUGCAUGGCAAACUGUCUCACUACAGACUGGGCGUUAAGAUCAAUGGACAUCCGCAGUCGGCACUGGUCAGGCAGCUGGGCAGCAAGAAAAUAGAGUUGGAAGUGCACUACGACGAGGACUUCAAGCCGCCUCUUAGCGUAGCAGACGAACAUGAAGAAGGCGAAGAGGCUUACGAUAUGAAUGAAUACUUCUCGUACUUUGCCAACUUUGAGGUGGACACGCUGGUCUGGCCCACUAUUGUGGGUCAGGUGGACAUACAAGAGAUCAUUGACUGCUUCCUUAUCAUUGGGCAUGUCGACCUAGCGCAGGGACGCCUGCAGUUCAAGGAUCGUCUCUAUUUCCCCGACUAUAUCAAUGCGCUAAAUGUGUUGACAGUCACGACGCCCUUUGACAUUGCUCAGUCAUUUAAAUCGAUUGUCGAAUAUCACAUUGACUUGAAUUUCAAUGCGUUCUAUCAACGCGUGCAAUUCAUGUUGCAAGAUGUAAAUGCUACACGCAAAGAGCUGGGCGUUGAGCUCAACUAUACCAAAGUUAUAGACAAUGUCAGACCCAAGGCGCAUAAUGUGCAGCUGAUGCUAAUGACGCCCUACGAGCUGCUCCCAGAAAUUAAAAUUCAUGGACGCAUUGAAUUGGAUGACAACGCCUACAAGGGCAAUAUUACAUCCAGAACAGCAAAUACCUUUUUAUCGCUUGCUGCUGCUGUAGAGAAUGAGGAUAAUUUCUUGGAAACAUCCGUUGGCAUUUUGCUGGAGACAAAUGUCAUACCGCACUAUGCCUGCCAGGCUUACUUCAAAAAGGACUUUUCUGCUGUAGAUAAUGUCAUUGAUAUACGCUUUGAGGUCACGGACAAUGGCACACUUAAUAAGCUGCAUAUUGAAACGGAUUGGCAUACGGAUCCAGCUUACAUUGUCAAUGUCAAUGGCAAGGUGCAUACAACUAUGCUGCCAUUGCAGCUGGCUUCAACUUCUUUAGUGGCCACCAAAGCACCGAAUCCCACGCUGAACUUUGAUCUGAUUCUGCUCAAUCGUGAUGGUCAGAGCAUGAUGUAUGGCACGCGUGCGGUCAAGAAGAAGGAUGUGUUCAACAUUGAGUUGUGGACGCCGCUAAAGAACUUUAGAAAUGUGUCCAUGCAUGGCACAAUAGUGCGUAAUGCUCGCGAGCCUCAGCGCCUGGACGUAUCCGGCAAUUUGUAUAGGAAUAUGGCCACUUAUGUUGUGACUGGUGCAGUGCGCAUGGCGGACAGUCUGCCCAUAGAUGUGACGCUGCGUGUGCAGCCAAAAUCAGGUGGACGCGAUGGCGUUAUAGAGCUCAAUAUACAUGAGACGGGACCGCAGAAGAUACGCUUCUCGUUUAGCGCCAUUGAGGAUGGCAAGAUGUGCCAGAUCUCUGGUGGCUAUAGCCUCAGUGGCGCCAAUGGACCCAUGGACUUUAGCGUGCUGGUGGAGAGCACUGAGCCAGAAAUAGCGCGCAUUAAUUUCUAUGGCAAUUUGAAGCCAGUGGAGCAGGGACGUCUAGUGGGCGACAUUAAUCUGCAAACACCUUGGACACACUUGGGCAUUGACUCUGUGCACUUACGCUCGGACUUAGCUGUGCGCGCCGAUGGCGGCAGCAUUGUGGGCGAGUAUCAAAUAGGCAAGCACAUAGGCCGCGGCAGCUGCUUGUGGUCUUGGAUAUUGGCGGAGAAUCUGCAGUUGGUGCUUGAGAGUUAUAUGGAGCGACCCAAUGCUCAGCCGCGUAUCGUGCAUGCCAGUGCUAAAUACCUGAAUCCUGGACAGAACUAUAAGCAGCUGCAGACAGGUGGCCGCUUGAGUGUGGACUCCAAGUGGAACCUCGAAGUGAAUGGCAGCAUGCACUACAAGUCGACGGAUGACUUUGAGUUCGGUGUGCUGACACAGCUACCGCUGCCUGUGGGCGAUCGCCAUCAGCUGAGCGGCAAGUAUCGCGGCAAUAUCAUUAGCAAUCAAUUGAAGGCGCCUCAGUUCUUUAUUGAGAGCAGUUAUGCUUCUAUUGAGGCUCAAAACAAGUUGCUUACGCGUCUUAAUUAUCAAAAUAGCAGCGCAGAUCUAAAGGCUCUAGCUCAUUUGGAAUGGGGUCAACGCAAGGAUAUCUCUGUCAUCGAAGGCGACGUUGUUAUGUUGCGCAAGCCAGGCGCACGCAGAGACUUUGCAGCCAAGCUUACGACACCCAAGUUUAAGAACGAGCAUACAUUUGGUCUUAAUGCUGUUUACGAUAAGCCCAGCACGGACUACUUUAGCCUCGUCUGUGGUCUGGAUUAUCCAGCAAGUCGUCGCAUCUCUGACGUUGAGGUCAACUUCAGCUCCUUGAGCAAUAUGCAUGGUGCUAUUAACUCGAGCACGCCUUUCCUCAAUGUCAGCUGGUUCAAGACUGACUUUGAGUUCACCACAAAGAACGAUCGCAGCUAUCGCUAUUUGCAUUGCACUUGGCCGCAGGACAGCGCGUACUUUAAACUGAAUUCCAACUAUGAGAGCCAGAACGGCAAUCACAAUCUUACUGGUCAGAUCGAAAUGGAGGUGCCUUUGGCUACACGUCAUCGCGCUGAUAUUACAUAUGGACUCCAAGAGCGUCCACUUAGCGCUGCGGGCAAUCUCAAGAUGGUUUAUAACGAGCAGCAGAUUCUCGAUGGAAAGUACAAGCGUGUGGAGCAGCCGCAGCAUCCUGUAUACAGGGAUACCACGGAAAUAACACUGGAGAAUGACAUGAAGCCCCUUGGGAUACGCUAUGUAAGCUCAAGGGACGAAAGCCAGGCGACUGCUACGCGCGAAAUGAAGCACAUUGAAGUCUUUGAGCUUCGCAAUGCGCAGAACUUUAAUUUAACGGGUGAGCUGCAUAUGCUGACGCAACUUAAUGCCAAGGAGUUCAAGAUAGUUGCCAUACAUCCCAAUCGUGCUGUGGUGCUCACUACCAAACAUGAAGAAGUAAGUGCGCAGGUGGAGAAAUGGCAUUCCAAGAUUGAGCUAUCGGAAACCGCCUGGAUUGGCUACAAUUUGGAGCUAGGCAACUUUAGCAAGCUGGGCAACGAAUCGCAGCGCUUUGAUCUGGAGCUGUUCUAUCCCAAACGUAACCUGUCUACCACUGGCUGGUAUUAUCUAACAGACAAUCACUUUAAUGCCGACUUGGCUUUGAAGUGGGCUGGCACUGGGCGCUACGAUGAGUCGAGAAAAAUACGCGGCAAGUUCCACUGGACGGCGCUGCCGUUGCGCAAGGGUGAUAGAGAUCAUCAGAGCUUUUACUUGGCCAUAGCGCAUCCGUAUCUGGAGAAGGACAUACAAUGCAAGGCUACGUACUAUCGUGGCUUGCAGGAUCUAUUGCGCGCUCACAUGACCAUCGACUAUUCCGAGCAGCCAGAGCAUCUUAUAGAACUGGGCGCACAGCUGCGUGAUCUGUACCAGCAGCUGGGCCACACCAACUACACGUUCAAGCUUUAUGGUGUGCAUCCUGCUUCGGAACUGGAUGUGCAGCUGAAUGGCACACUGGCAGCUCGUCCUUCGUUCUACAAAACGGAAACUACAGCGCACUACAAACGCGACUAUUCGCCCAGAUUUGGCAAGUUCUUGGCCAUGCUGGAUUUGAACAAACGUGAGCUGGAGUAUGAGCGUCGUUCGCCCUUCAAGACUGUGCGUGUUUGGAUGCUGCCCACUACAAAGUAUCCCAUCUAUGGACUAAAUGCUACCAUUUGGGAUACACCCGAUACGAAUCACUCGGGCUAUGUGUUCGUCAAUCUGGCUGAGCGCACUGCUCGCAUGGACUUUAAUCUAACCGAAGAUGCUAGCCAGAACCUUCAAAUGGUGGGCUACAUACCAGACUCACGCAGUGGUUAUCUGGACAUCUGGCGUAACUAUGAGGAGAUACGCAUUAUUGAUGUGAGCUCGUAUCUGAAAAUGAAUCACUCACGAUUGAUUACAGGUCGCUUCCACUGGCGUCCUGCCAUUAAGCAGGAGCUACGCGAGAAAAUCGAUAGCAUAGGCAACUCCAUUUAUAAUUCUUUCUCGGAUGGCAUAGAUUUCUGGAUUAAAUCUUUGUACACUGAGUCUAUGGAGUCCAUGGGUGUGAUCUGGGGCACAGCUAAGGCAUACAACGAGCGUUUUAUUGACGACAUCAGCCAGCUGAGUGUGCUGGAGGAGGAUCUGACUGAUUUGCGUUUGUUUGUCAAUGAAUCGUAUGAAGCCAACGAUUUUUAUAUCAAGAAUGUCGUGAACUUUACGCUCACCAUACUGGAUGAGCUGGCUAUUCGAGAUCACAUUGAGUCGUUGCCCAAAAUCUUCUCCGAGCUAUGGCAGGCAAUGGGUGAUUCUGGCAAGGCGCUGCGCAACAGCAUAGUCUGGCUUAUAGAUACGGUCAAGAGCACCUACAACAGUGUGCUGGAUGCCAUCAGUCGCUUCUUCCAUGGCGAGAGUCUGGCCUACAUUAGUGGACUCAUGCAGAAGGGUGUGGAGAAGUAUGACAAGUUUGUCAAGGAGCUGCACAUCAAGUUCAUUAAGUACAUUGAGGACUUGUGGCACAAGUUCUGGCACAUGGCCGAGAGCUAUUGGAAGAACGUGCUUAAGCGUUUCGAGCCGCACAUGUUUAAGAUCAUCAGCUUUGCCGAGACGACUGCAUGGAACUUCAGCAAGGAAGUUUUUGAUUUCAUAUACAAACGCACCAAUGAGCUGGCCGAGUCGCCUUAUUUUAACAAAGUCUCCAGUUUCACAGCCGAUGCGGAGCGUUUGUACCGAGACUUUCAGGCAAACGAUGCCAUUACCAAUAUUAAAAAGUACUCCACACUCACAUGGAACUUUGUUAAGGAGAAGUACUUUAAGCUGGUGCCGUUUGGUGCCGAGCUCAAUGAGGUGCUCACUGAAAUCUGGCAAGAGAUAUUGGAACUGAAAAAGAUCGAGCAAGUGCAGAUUGUGGUGCAAAAGUAUAACGAAAUUGUAGCCAAACUAGAGUGGAUAGCCGACGAACUGCAGCUGGAGCAUCGUCUACACCAGGUUUAUAGUCUGCUGCGUAAUAAAUUCCGUAAUUAUGCGCUCAAUGCUUUGGAGACUGCCGAUAUGUAUCGCGAGGCCAAGACCAAGUUUAUCUUCGAUCCCGAGAUGGGCAUUAUUGAUUUAGAGCAGAAGCUGCCCAUGUCAUGGCACGCCUUCAACGAAACGCCCAGAUUUGAAGAGAUACCCGAGUACAAAGUGCUGGCAAAAAUGCAGAGUUUCCUCAGCGAAACAAAUUCUACAAUUAUCAUGAAGCUCUACAAUAUGCGAGCCCAUUUGGACUCCAAGACUUGGCUGCCACCUUACUACUCACGCGCUUUGUUGAUUGACUCGCGUCAUUAUAUGACCUUCGAUCAGCGUUUUGUCGGCUUGAAUUUGAACUAUGAGCAACUGAUAACCAGAAUUUUAAAACGCUCGUUCUUCAGACGCAACUUUACUUUGCUGCUAGAGCCGGCGACACAAGCACCAACUGGACAACGUGAUUCUCAUGAUAUAUCCACGCGUAAACUAAGCUUCAUUGCCAAUGGACAACUGAUUGAAAUUGAUUUGGGCACAGAUCACAUUAGCGUCAAUGGCAAUCCCCAGCCCAUUUUGCCAUUGAAACUGGGCGCUGUUACCAUUUAUCGCGAGCUGGACAUACUGUCCAUAAUCUCAGACUCCAAGUUCAGUUUGCAUUGCAAUGUGCAGUUCGGUCUCUGCUGGUUCGAGGUGAGCGGUUGGUACUUUGCAAAGACAGCCGGACUGCUGGGCACACUAAACAACGAGCCCUACGAUGAGUUCACCAUGCCCACUCAUGCCAUAACAAAUCAAACGCAAAUGUUUACCGACUCCUGGAGUCUGCAGCACUGCAAGCCAAGGCAGCGGACACAGCCACAAGCGAUCAGCAAAACUGUUAGCGACACUUGCCACAGCUUCUUCCGCUCGGGCAUGCUCUCAGCUUGCAGCGCUGUCGUUGAUGCCACGCCCUUCUAUGAGAUGUGCCUGGACUUGGGUAUGAAAUCGCAGCCCGUACACCAAGGACAUCCAGCGGUCAAGGGCGCUUGUGCAGCUGCCUUGGCGUACAUUGAAACCUGCACGGCCCAAAAGGUUCCCAUGCGUGUGCCCGAUCAAUGUAUUUUCUGUCAGUUGACAAAUGGUUCUUAUGUACCCGAGGGCACUUUCAUGGAGCUCAGUGACGCUGAUAUACCACACAGCAGCGAUGUUGUCUUCAUAGUGGAGGCCAAGCCCUGCAAUGACAAGCUGGAGCAGGACAAGAGCAUUAUGACCAUUGUGGAGAGCCUAGAGGAACAACUACAGGCAGCCAAGCUCACGCACAAUCGCUAUGCUGUCGUAGCCUUUGGCGGCCUCUCACCUUACGACAAGCCACGCAGCAUCAUCUAUGACCGCAAUGUGUUUACUUCGCAACCUGCGCAGCUGUCGAAUUACUUUGCUCAUAUCAAAACCGGCAAUGGCAGCAGCAACGACAUACUCUCAGCCAUAUCAAUGGCAUCGCGCUUGAACUUCCGUCCGGGUGUUUCCAAGACUUUCAUAUUGCUCUCGUGCAGCAGAUGCGCGGCUAAGGACAUGCGCUUUGACUACAGCUCUAUAUUGCAGUUUAUGCAGGAGGAGGGCGUCAAUUUGCAUAUUCUGGCGGACACAGAGUUUGAUUUUGAGCGCACGCGUAAACUGCGACACUUCUUUGGCAUGGACAAGGAGCUGAUCUAUGCAAAGCGUUAUCCCGAAGGUGACGCAGCGGCGCGUAAGCAGAUCGUGAUAAACAAGAGCAACUUGGGCAUUUGUACGCAUUUGGCUUUUGAAACGCAAGGCUCAGUGUUUAGUGCGCGCAAACUGGCGCCGGAGCUCAAGUAUCCCAUCAAGCGCUUUGCCACAAUCUUUGCCAAGCGUGUGGCAGACAAGGCCACGCCCAAUGCCGCCCAGACAUGCGAAUGCUCUGGCCACAAUACUGGCGUUGCCUAUGUGGCUUGUUCUCCUACACAACUGCCCGAGGAGAAAGAAAGUCUAGAUGAUUAUGAGGACUUUAAGAACUGGGAGUGGAGCUCGGACUAUAACGAGGAGGAAGCUUAAGCUGCAAACACGUUUUUAGUUUGUAUACAAUUAAGUAGUUAGCUCAUAUGUUUAUGUCUGUGCGAAACACAAAUAAACCUAUUUUGUAAAAAAUAUGAUACAUAUAUAAAUGAAGGCAACAAUAAAUGUUG